UACCAUGGGCAGGCGAGGAAGCAGGACAGAUAAUAUUUACGAUGUCUAAACUACAUGAAAUGAGAGCUCUGGUAAACCAGAUGCUUACUACAGCUAUUGAAACAUUAUUCGUGGAAUUUCAGAAAACGAUAACUGAAUAUGACAAUGAAAUCGUUCGUUUAAAAGAAGAAAACGAUCGCAAAGGCAAGCUGCUGGACAGAGUUUUGGACCCAGUGGGGUAUUUACACAACGCUGGCUGCGAGGAGUCCUUUUCAGGAGAUGAGGCAGUGGUUUUCCCAGAGCAGCAACAGGAGCGAACCUCACAGAACCUCAGUGGACCAAACCAGGUGGGGCCUGAUUCCCUGCCCCCUAAAGACGAACCAGAGGAAGUCACCCCAAGGCACGUGGGGACCGACUUCCAAAGCACCAAAGAAGAUCUCAAACAAUUAAUCCAAAGCCCGAAAGAAAUCAACCUUAGUUUCAUUAAGGAAGAACCGCAGGAUGGCUUCAGCGGACCGGAAGACAUCCAAAGAAAUCCCGCGGAGGAAAUCGAGGAAGCCGACCGUUUGUUUUGGAGUUUACUCUCCGAGAAUAACCCGGAGCGACGCUCGUCGCCUUACAGGAGCCAGUCGGAGAGGCGAUGGGCUGAGCCUCCACCGGCCUUCGCCUCCGCAGUACAGCAGCAGCAGCAGCAGCAGCAGCAUGGGCCCCCGAACCCUUACCGGCCAGGUCAGGGGCCACAACCGGCCCCCGCACGGCGACACAUUUGUCCGGUGUGCAACAAAGGCCACGCCCGCAACUCCAAGCUCGUCAUCCACAUGAGGGUGCACACGGGGGAGAAGCCUUUCGCCUGCCCCCAGUGCGGCAACCGCUUCAGCCAGAGCGGCGCGCUGACGGCCCACAUGAAGGGCCACACGGGCGAGAGGCCCCACGGCUGUACCGUCUGCGGCAAGAGCUUCGUCAACAAGUGCAACCUCACCAAGCACGUGCAGGUGCACAGCGCGUACAAGCCCUACGGCUGCACCGUGUGCGGGAAGAGGUUUAACUUCAAGCAGGCGCUGAAGGUCCACAAGUGCCCGCAGGCGAGCGGCCUGCAGGUCACCUGUGGCGCCUGCGGCCGGGGCUUCUCUCGCAAGGCCACUCUGGCGGUGCACGUGAGGCACCACUGCCCCGGGGCGAUGGCGAUGGACGACGCCGGACACUGCGCCGGGGCGCCGGACGGACGCUAUGCAGCCGCCGGAGACGGGUCGGGAUCGACCGACGCCGCCACCACCGCUGCCCGCUGGCCGAUGUCGUGCCAGACAAUGAGUUAUUAGUGAGGCGGUGGUGGAUGGAGAACGACAGGCAUUUUUGUUUUGGUCAAGCUAUUCCUCUGGGUUUUAUUACAUAUAUUUAUUGACAGAUUUUAUUUCGUCACAUUUAUUAAUAUUUACGUUCAUAUGAAUAGCUUUUUCAUGUUUGGACGAUAGUUAUACGAUAAAAUUUACCGUAUAGUAAAGGUUCCCUUGUUAACCUUUUGAGUUGAGUUUUGGAGCCACCAGGUGGCCCUCAAGAGUGAGUAUGUGUCCUCUUCCCAAACUGGAUUAGGCUUCUCUGCACAAGAUCAAUGGAAAGUGAGUUUUCUUCUUUUUUUUUCAACGCCAUCUGCUGCUGGAAGCUGAAUUCAGUAUUACCUUACCUAGGCCAUUAAUUUGAGAAAGAUGUUUGCAAUUUUAUAUCCAAAGUGCAUGUGCUUUGGUAAGCAGGAUAUGAUGUCAUUGAGGGCCCCCAAGCUAAUCGAAACAGCAUUUGCAGAGUCAUGUAUUCUGAAAUGUAAUUAGUUUAAACCAUAAGCCCGACAGAUUUGCUUACUGUAUUGAAUGCUGUUUACAUUUACCUAUCCGUAAUGAUGAGCAAUAAGGAAGCAAAGCAAGACCCAGUCUGCUUUGCAGAGACCACUUAUUAAUUCAAUAUUGGAAUACAUGACAGUGUUCUAUUUCUUUAAUACUAUCCCCUGAUUCUUCUAAAAUUUGCGAUGAUAUAAUAAUGGUAAUUGUAUUAUUAAUAAUGAUAAAUGCACUCAUAUGCUAUUCUUAAAGGAAGAAUAUUGCCAGAAAUCAGAGACCAAAGGCCCUACGUUUAAAUACAUCUAAUAAGGGGACUUAACGAGAAGGUGUUGUAUUCUGAAUACGUGGAUGUAAACUGUUUCCCUAAUCUUAAUCAGAUUCUGGUUUACAGAUGGUUCACACUUGUAAUACACAAUACAUGUGCAGGGAUUUUAAUCUCAAAUUUUUUUAUAGCUAUAUGAGAGAGGACCCAUUUGGGAAAAAGAAAGAGGCAGACAGAUUGACAUACACAACCACAGGAUAAAUAACAAAUACUGCAGAGACCACACCAUCCCAUUUGCAAUGCAUCCAGAGUCAAAGAAUAAUAUAUUCAGCAGUGCGGUUGUAAAGCAUUGUGGUUUAUGACAGUUCAAUCAGAGCUUUUAACUUUUAACUUUUUUUUAUAAUUUUAAAUGACGUCUUUGGUGAUGAUGUUAUGAACAACGGCAUUGGUCCAGAAAUCGGGUCUCACUGCUGUCCCUGCUGGACUGAGCCAGUUUCAUGGUCACACUGAUUCCAGUACAGUAGGCACAGGAGUACAUAAACCCUAACCCAGGGGUCUUCAACGUUUUCCAGGCCAAGGACCCCCAAACUGAUGGAGAGAUGGAGCGGGGACCCCCUACUUAUAUAUUGUAUAAAAUUGUGUUAAACUGGUCCCAUAGUGCUAUGUACCUUGUUAUUUUGCAUUCAAUACUAAGAUAUUCAAAUAAUACACAGGUUCAUCUAUUCAUGUUUUCAUUUUAACAUGUGCAACGUACAGUGAGUAGGGUGGCCAUGCCACUGCCACUCAUAAACAUAACAUAACAUAACAUAAUAAACUGAUACCUGCCAAGAUCAA